AUGCUUCGAAAACAUGCUCCGAGACUGAUCAUGUCAUCGAGCCCCAACAGUUGCGCGGCCAUCUACGUGGGUCCCUGCCACACCACACAGACGCGCAAGUUAAAAGCAACGAUGAACGUUGUGCCGUCGCCUACACUUCCUAAGGAGUUAAGGCCACCAUUUGAGUGGAUAAAGACAGUCUACCACACACUGACCGGCGACGACGGAUGUUAUUCCACCGAGCUAAUGUUUGUUCCACCAGUCUGCUUGGAUGAUUGUCCACCAAGACCACCGUGUCCCAGGUCUCCGUGUUCCCGCUCUCGGUGUCCCCCACCCCCUGUGCCCCCACCCUCUGUGUCCCCACCCUCUGUGUUCCCACCCUCCGUGUUCCCACCCUCCGUGUCACCACUCUGUGUCCCCACAACCCAGCCCCUCCGUGUCCCCUCUCCAUGUCCACCCACCCUCCGUGUCACCACUCUCCCGUGUCCCCACCUCACUCUCCGUGCCCCUACCUCCUCCCCACUCUCCAUGUCCUCACCCUCUGUCUCCACCCUGUGUUCCCCUCCGUGUCACCACUCUCUGUGUCCCCCAACCUGUGCCCCCACCCCCUACCCUCCUGUCCCCACUCUCCAACCUCCGUGUCCACCUCCGUGUCACCACUCUCGUGUCCCCAACCUGUGCCCCCACUCCCGUGCCCCACCCUCCGUGUCCCCCACUCUCCAUCUCCUCACCCUCUGUCUCCACCCUCCGUGUUCCCCACCUCCGUGUCACCACUCUCCGUGUCCCCACACCUGCCCCACUCUCCGUGCCCUCCGUGUCCCCUCCAUCUCCCUCACCUCUGUCCCCACCCUACGUGUCCCUGCUCUCUGUGUCUUCACCUCCGUGUCCCCACCCCUGUGUCCCCACCCUGUGCCCCGUGUCCCAACCCUCCGUGUCACCUCUGUGUCCCUGUUCUCCUGUUCCCACCUCCAUGUCACCACCCUAAGUGUCACCACCCUCCGUGUCCCCACCGUCCGUGUCACCACUCUCCGUGUCCCUGUUUUGAGUCCCCACCAUCUGUGUCCCCCACCUCCCCUCCGUGUCACCACUCUCCAUGUCUCCUGUUCUCCGAAUUCCCACCCUCUGUGUCCCCCACCGCACGUGUUCCCACGCUCUGUGUCACCACCCUCCGUGUCCCCACCUUCUGUGUCCCGACCUGUCCUCACCAACCUCCAUGUCACCAGCCUCCGUGUCCCCACCACCGUGUCCCCACUGUGUCCCCACGCCGUGCCCCACCCUCUGUGCCCCCCCCCCCCAUCCUCCGUAUCAACGUCCCGUGUCCCAACCCUCCGUGUCCCCUCCGUGUACCCACCCUGUGUCUCCACCCUCUGUGUCCCCAACCCUCCAUCCCCACUCUCUGUGUCCCCACCCCCUGUGUCCCCACCCUCCGUGUCACCACUCUCCGUGUCCCUGUUCUCCGUGUCCCCACCCCCCCGUGUCCCCAUCCUCCAUAUCAACGCCCUGCCGUGUCCCAACCCUCCGUGUCCCGCACUCCGUGUACCCCACCCCACUGUGUCCACACCUCUGUGUCCCCACCCCCGUGUCCCCACUCUCUGUGUCCCCACUGCAACCCCACCCCCCGUGUCCCCACUCGCCGUGUCACCACUCUCCGUGUCCCUGUUGUCCGUCCCCCACCCUGUGUGUCCCCACCUUCCGUGUCCCAACCCUCCGUGGUCCCGACUCCGUGCCCCACCCGCUGUGUCCACACCCUCUGUGUCCCCACCCCCGUGUCCCCACUCGCCGUGUCACCACUCUCCGUGUCGUGUUGUCCCCCCUCCGUGUCCCCACCUCCGUGUCCCCGUGUGUAUCCCGCCACCGUGUCCCCACCCUCUGUGUCCCCCCUCGUGUCCCCAACCUCUCUGUCAUCGCCCCUUCGUGUCCCACCCUCUGUGUCCCCACCCCCCCAUCCCCCACCCUCUGUGUCCCCCCCGUGUCCCCAACCUCUGUCAUCCCCUUGUGUCCCCCCACCUCUGUGUCCCCACCUCCCGUGUCCCCACCCCCGUGUCCCACACCCACUCCGUGUCCCCAUGUCCCUCCGUGUCCAUACCCUUCGUGUCACCAUCCUCCGUGUCACCACUCUCUGUGUCCCUGAUCUCCCUGUCCCCACCUUUGUGUCACCACCCUCCGUGUCACCACCCGUGUCCCCACCCCUCGUGUCCCCCACCCUCUGUGUCCCCACGCCCCGUGUCCCCACCCUCCGUGUUACCACCCCCAGAGUCCUCACCCCCCCGUGUCCCCUCUCUGUGUCCCCACCCCCGUGUCCCUCACUCCGCAUCCCCACCCUCUGUGUCCUCACGCCCCGUGUCCCCACCCUCCAUGUCUGCACCCUCCGUGUCACCAUCCUCCGUGUCACCACCUCCCGUGUCCCCAAUCCAUGUCCGCACUCUCCGUGUCACCACCGUACGUGUCACCACCCUCCUUGUCACCACCCCCCCACCCUUCGUGUCCCCAUCCUCCGUGUCACCACCCACCGUGUCCGCACCUUCUGUGUCCCAACCCCCUGUGUCACCACCCUCCGUGUCACCACCCUCGUGUCCCCACCCCCAUGUCCCCACCCUCUGUGUCCCUAACCCUGUGUCCCCUCUCUGCAUUUCCACCCUGUGUCCCCACCCCUGUCCCCACCCUCCGUGUCACCAUCCCCUGUGUCCCUACCCUCCGUGUCCGCCCCCGUGUCCCCACCCUCUGUGUCCCCCACCCUUCAGUAUCCCUACGCUCUGUGUCCCUAACCCCCGUGUCCCCACCCUCCAUGUCACCACUCUCCGAGUCACCACCUCCGUAUCCCCACCGUCUGUGUCUCCAACCCCUGUGCCCCCACCCUCCGUGUCACCACUCUCUGUGUCCCUGUUCUCCCUGCCCCACCCUCCGUGUCCCCACCAUUCGUGUCACCAUCCUCAGUUCCCCCACCCUCCGUGUCACCACUCUCUGUGUCCCUGUUCUCCUGCCUCCUGCCCCCACCCUCCAUGUCCCCACCCUUCGUGUCCCCAUCACCACUUCCCCUGUUCUCCCUGCCCCACCCUCCGUGUCCCCACCCUUCGUGUCACCCUCCGUUUCCCCACCCUCCGUGUCACCACUCUCUGUGUCCAUGUUCUCCCUGUCCCCACCCUUCGUGUCCCCACCUCCGUGUCACCACUCUCUGUGUCCCUGUUCUCCCUGCCCCCACCCUCCGUGACCCCACCCUUCGUGUCACCAUCCUCCGUUUCCCCACCCUCCGUGUCACCACUCUCUGUGUCCAUGUUCUCCCUGUCCCCACCCUUCGUGUCCCCACCCUCCGUGUCCCCGGGCUUCUGGAGGCAGACAGGUGGAAACACAGAUAUGGGUACGGAGUCUGCCAAAGGCUUGGGAUUCACAUCUUAUCCGAUGUUGAACUUCUUCACCAGUGUGCGCAAUGGUGGACAGAUGGAAACCAAGGAACUGAAAAUGGAUAACAUUGGCAAUGGUAGUGCAGUUAACCUAGAUAGACGGUGGAAGUGUGGCUGA